UUGUCAAAAAUGACAUUUUAAAGAACUUGUGUUUUCUGGUUAUUUUGUAAUUCUAGAACUGUUUUUAAUAUUUUAGUUAUAUUUUAAAGUAGGCUUAAAAUGUUUAAACUACUAAGUAGACAUGGACGUCGAAGCGGUAUAAUUAGUUUAUUCUGUGAGAAGAACAUUGAGGUUAGAAAAGCAAGAGUAUAUUACUUCUACUCCUCAGCUAGUUCAGCGCGGUUCGCAUCUACAGAUGUCGGAAAAACUUCACCGUUGGUGGAAAAUAUUCCAGAGCCACCACCGAUACCUGAUCCUUCAACUAUUAGUGAUGUCACCGAAGUAGUUCAGUCCGUGGCUGCUAAUGGUGAACCAACGUUUGCCAGUCUUGGACUUGGUGGAUGGAGCCCAGUGGGAAUUGUACAAAAUUGUUUAGAAUACCUACACAUCUCCCUCGACGUACCUUGGUGGGGUGCUAUUGUGAUUGGUACUAUAGUUGUGAGGGUUAUCAUGUUCCCUCUUGUAAUUCUUUCACAAAGAAAUACUGCAAUUAUGAAUAAUAAUUUACCAGAAAUUCAAUUACUUCAAAUGAAAAUGACAGAGGCUAGGCAAACAGGAAAUCAAUUGGAAGCAGCCCGCUAUGGACAAGAAAUGAUGAUUUUCAUGAGAGAAAAAGGUUUAAAUCCCUUUAAAAACCUCCUUGUUCCUCUAGCACAAGCGCCUCUCUUCAUUUCAUUUUUCAUGGGAUUAAGGGGUAUGGCAAAUUGUCCAGUUGAAAGCAUGAUGCAUGGUGGAUUAUGGUGGUUUACAGAUUUAACUGUACCUGAUCAAUUCUUUAUUCUUCCGAUUGUAACAAGUGUGACGAUGUGGGCAACAAUUGAAGUAGGUGUGGACGGCGGACGUCUUAAUUCCCAAAAUAUGCACAUGAUGAAAUAUUUCCUUAGAGCAAUCCCAGUUGUCAUGAUCCCUUUUACAAUAAACUUUCCUGGAGCAAUAUUAGUAUAUUGGUGUUCAACUAAUUUCAUUUCUCUGGUUCAAGUAUCUUUCUUAAAGAUACCAGCAAUAAGAAAUUAUUUCAAAAUACCGAAACUUAUCAAACACACCCCUGAGAAUUUGCCAAUUAAAAAAAAAGGAUUUGUUGCUGGAGCAAAGGAGUCAUGGACCAAUAUGAAGCUAUCAAGGGACCUUGCUGACAGACAGAGAAUAGAUGAAAUGAUUUUUACAAAAGCCGGUAAAGGGCCUUUGCAAAAAACUUAUAAAUACGAUCCAACAAAAGUAGAAGCCAAAUCAAAAUAAAUAUUAGACUUACUGUAACUUUAGUUUGUAGUUAUGUAAUAAAUAUUGUUUUAAUUA